CUCGUUCUAUAGUCGUAUUCGUCAUGACGACCGCAAUUGUAGAAUCUCCUGCUUACGGCCAGAACUAUCUCCGAUUCGAGAACUAUACAAUAGGAUGGAUAUGUGCGCUCCCCGUGGAGGCUGAAUGUGCUUUGUACAUGUUGGAUGUUCGGCAUCGUGGCAUAUUUCCUUUUGUCCAUGGCGACGAUAAUCAGUACGAAGCGGGCCAAAUUGCUGGCCACAAUGUGGUCAUCGCCUCACUACCAAAGAAGUCAAUUGGAAGUGUCUCUGUAGCCACGCUUGCUUCCCAAAUGCGCCAGAGCUUUCGAAACCUACGGUACGGAUUGAUGGUGGGCAUCGGGGCUGGGGUGCCUGGGCGGGCCUUGAAACCCGAUAUUCGUCUAGGUGAUGUUAUUGUGGCCUCGUCCUCCGACCAGUCUAUGGGCCCAGUAGGCGUCAUAGGCUACGAGCUUGGGGCAGAGACUGUCAAUGGUUUCAUCCGGAAAGGUUUGCAGCCCGAGACGCAUCGACGUCUAAGAACUGCAAUUGAAUCUAUCGAGAGAGACGCGCAAAUGGAUGACUUUCACCACUUUUUACAACACCUCGAUAGUCUCCAGAAAAGAAGAAACGGCCACAAGUUCCUAUAUCCAGGAAUGGACAAGGACAGAUUGUAUGUGGGAGACUAUACGGACGACUUGGUAGAGCGGCUACCGCGGCCCUCCCAGGAUCCGGUUGUUCAUUAUGGCCUUGUCGCGUCGGGUGAUAAGAUUAUAAAGAAUGCGGCACUCAGAGACAAACUAAGGGAUCAAUAUGGUAUAAUCUGUUUUGAGAUGGAAGCAGCCGGCCUCAUGCCCAUUAUGCCUGUUGCCGUCAUCCAAGGAGUCUCCAACUAUGCAGACUCUCGCAAGAAUGACGGGUGGAAUGAUUAUGCUGCCGCAACUGCCGCCGCCUAUGCCAAGAGUCUCCUGCUCAAAAUUGGUCCAGAACAGCCUCUAUCCCUCAGCAGUUAGUCUCUCAAUUUCCUUGAACGACUCAUACCUACAACAUAAGAGAUUGAAUUCUUCUAUAAGGAUAUGCUGGCUAGUGGGGAAGUCGAGAUGGGUAAGGUAUUGUGAUGAGAUCGACGAAUAGAAAUAGGGUCGAUGCGACAUGACUAUGUUCGUUUUUGGAGACAGACCACUAGGGCCUUGAAUUUACACUUCUUUUCUAAUUCCC